UGCUGCACUGAGCAUGUUCGAGCCCAUCCUAGUCCAAGCUGCAGCAGCAGCAGCAGCAGCAGCAGCCACAGCAGCAGGAGCCGCCUCUCAUUAUGCAAAGCAGCGGCUCCGGCAGAUGGAAGAGGGGCCAAACAAGAGCGCGUUUCCUUUCCUGCUGGGCAGUUUGCACAUUGGCCUGGCUUCCCCAGGAGUCUCCUCCAGACCAAGCCGGGGAAUGAAAACCUCUGGGAUGGCCUGACUGCGGGCUGGGCGGCAUUGCAGCGGGAUUGCAACAUGGGAAACCAGGAUGGCAAAUUGAAGAGGAGCGCAGGUGAUGCCUCCCUUGAAGGAGGGGGAGGUGGUGGCUGUGGCGGGGAGGAUGCUGUUGGGCCCAGGGAUACUGAAAGCACCAAGAAGGGGAGCGGGGGCAAGAAGGCGCUGGGCAAACAUGGAAAGGGGGGAGGGGGAGGUGGCAGUGUUGAGUCUGGCAAGAAGAAGAGCAAGUCGGACUCGAAAUCCUCGGUUUUUUACAACCUGCGGAUCAGGAAGAACCUAUCUAAGGGAAAGGGGGGCGUAGGUUCUCGGGAAGAUGUGUUGGACUCCCAGGCCCUGCAAACAGGGGAGCUGGACAGCGCUCACUCCUUGGUCACCAAGACCCCUGAUCUCAGCAUGUCUGCUGAUGAGGUGGGCCUGUCAGAUACAGAGGGCACGGACCCCUUUGAAGUCACCCGUCCAAGUGCGGUAGGGCCUGCAGGGCUCGGGGUUCAAUCUGCCAUAGAAGGGGAUUUGGAAACAGCCCCUGGGGUGCAAGAUGGACAAAGGACCAGUUCAGGCUCAGAUACGGAUAUUUAUAGCUUUCAUUCGGCCACAGAGCAGGAGGACUUGCUCUCAGACAUUCAGCAGGCAAUUCGACUCCAGCAGCAGCAACAGCAGCAGCACCAGGGCGGUGCGGUCAGCUCCGGGGACUCUUCAGCACCCCUGGGUUCUGUUCCUCUCCAACCGGGGGCCUUUCUUGGCCUGGACCACUUUCUACUGGGGCCCGUUAGUAGGGCUGGGGAAGCACCAGGGAGUCCAGACACGGAGCAAGCUUUAUCUGCCCUCUCUGAUCUCCCAGACAAUUUCCCCUGAGCUUCCAGUGCAGGAGAAGCCACUGCCCCCUAGCGGCGUGGAUUGGGAGGUCACUGCCCCGUGGCUACUCUGCCGCCAGCCACAGAGUCUCCUUCUUCCACUGCCUUUCCCUUCCCAGAGCCGGGGUUGGAGGAGACUGCAACUGUACCCUCUGUUGGGGGAGCAGGAGAUACAGAUGAUGAUGAGGAGGAUGCAUUUGAGGAUGCUCCCCGGGGUUCUCCUGGGGAGGAGUGGGACAAGGGCACCCAGGAGACUCCCUCUGAGGUAGCAGAGGAGGUGAGUGAAGUACCAGGGGCAUGCCCAACACCUCCCCAGACGGACAGCCCUGCCCCUAGUCCUCGUUGCUUCAAGCCUUACCCACUAAUUAAUCCUUGUUACAUCAAGACCACCACUAGGCAACUUAGCUCACCCAACCACUCACCUUCACAGUCCCCCAGUCAGAGCCCCCGGUUUAUGAGAAGGCUGGAGCCUUCUUUGAGCCGGAGUCAGAGGGCUACCUUGGCCUCAAAUGCCACUCAGGUCAAGAAGCACAAGACAAGUGGCAGCAGCCUGGUCGGGGGACUCAGCCGUUCUGCUGACUGGACAGAAGAGGUGGAGAGAAGGGAGCCCAGGGUGGGUGGCUCAGCAGACCUACUUGAAUGUGGGGCAGCCCAGGAAGGAACUGAUGGAACCCCCCCAACUCUAUCCAGAAAGUCCUCAGGAGUGCAGGCGGCCACUGAUGGCUUCCAGAAUGUAUUUACAGGGCGCACUCUGUUGGAAAAGCUGUUUAGCCAGCAAGAGAACGCACCACCUGAAGAAGCAGAGAAAUUUUGUUCUCGGAUUAUUGCGAUGGGUCUUCUACUUCCUUUCAGCGACUGCUUCAGGGAACAGUGUAACCAGAGUGCCCAGCAAAGCUCAGCUCCAUUUGAUCAAGAUCAACUUUAUACCUGGGCUGCAGUCAGUCAACCCACACAUUCUCUGGAUUACACAGAAGAGCAGUUUCCAAGGAGAACCGUCUGGCCUCCAGGCAAGCCUCCUGAAGAAGAACAUGGGCCCAAGGAGCCUGCAACAGAGUUUCAAGCUACCAUUUUGGAAACACAGAAAAAGUGUUCAGAUGGUGUUCAACAGGAAACUUGUGACAUGAAAUCUGAGGAACAUGCAAAUGUAAUUCAGCAGCUGGAACAGACAAUUGAAAAUCUGAGGACCAAAAUAGCUGAACUAGAGAAGCAAUACCCUACCACAGACAUGGAGGUUGGAAAACAAGUGGCUGAGAGGGGAAUGGCUGAAGGUGUCUGUCAUGAAGAUCUUCAAUUAAGUGAAGAAGAUAUAAGACAUCAAAGGAUGUUGCAUGUAAAAUCGGUACAGACCUCACCAACAGAGGAGGGCAGUGCAUCUGUAAUGCCUUUUGCUAACACACUGCCACAGCAUCCUCCACUCACUCAGGAGGGUAUAAAUGGACAGCCAACUGUGCCAUUGACACCUUCUGGACCUCAAACAAAGUUUUGUUCAGAGAUUUCUUUGAUUGUUUCACCAAGGUUAAUAUCUGUACAGCUUGAUGCAAAUCAAUCCAUACAGUGUGUAUCACAGCCUCCACCACCUCCACCCCUCCCAGGUUCUGAUAAUCAAGAAAAGAUUCUAACACAGCCUCCCCCAACACCUUUUAUAACUGAAUGUGUGACCAGCCAUGAACAUUCCCUUCCCACAUCUUUUGAAAAUAGUCAUGGCAUUCUACCCUCCCCACAUCUGACUGACAGAGAACUGAAUCCUCCCCUGCCUGGUGCAGGUAUCCCACCACCACCUUCCCUGCCUGGUGUGGACAUUCCACCUCCCCCACCUCCACCUCCUUUGCCUGGUAUAGCACCUUCCAUCUCCACGCCUGGAUCAGGCAUGAUGAUUCCACCCCCACCUCCUGUUCCUGACAUGACAGUGCUGCCCACUUCUGUGCCACUACCUGGCUUGGAAAUACCCCCUCCCCCACCUCUGCCUGACAUGGGGAUUCCCCCUCCUCCUCCUCCACCUCCUCCUCUGCCUGAAGUAGGGGUCCCUCCUGCCCCGCCUCUGCCUGGAGUGGGGAUCCCUCCCGCCCCGCCUCUGCCUGGAGUGGGGAUCCCUCCCGCCCCGCCUCUGCCUGGAGUGGGGAUCCCUCCCGCCCCGCCUCUGCCUGGAGUGGGGAUCCCUCCCGCCCCGCCUCUGCCUGCAGUGGGGAUCCCUCCCGCCCCGCCUCUGCCUGCAGUGGGGAUCCCUCCCGCCCCGCCUCUGCCUGCAGUGGGGAUCCCUCCCGCCCCGCCUCUGCCUGCAGUGGGGAUCCCUCCUGCCCCGCCUCUGCCUGGAGUGGGGAUCCCUCCUCCCCCGCCUCUGCCUGGUGUGGGAGUCCCCCCUCCUCCCCCGCCUCUGCCUGGUGUGGGAGUCCCCCCUCCCCCACCUCUGCCCGGUGUGGUGAUUCCUCCACCUCCUCCACCUUUGCCUGGAGUGGGUGUCCCACCCCUUCCUGCACCCCCUCUGCCACCUGGAUCAGGUCCUCCACCUCCACCACAAGCUGGGAGCAGUACAUUGCCAAACAUUGUCCUUCCACAAGUAUGUGGAUUCCUUCCUCCUCCAUUGCCAGCUGGCUUAUUUGGAAUAGGCUUGAAUCAGGACAAAGUGAGUAGGAAACAAGCAAUAGAACCUUGUCGACCAAUGAAGCCUCUUUAUUGGACAAGAAUUCAGCUACACAGUAAAAGAGAUUCUAGCACUUCUCUCAUUUGGGAAAAAAUUGAAGAGCCAUCCAUAGAUUGUCAUGAGUUUGAAGAACUAUUUUCUAAAACUGCUGUAAAGGAGAGGAAGAAACCUAUUUCUGAUACCAUAACAAAGACCAAGACUAAACAAGUUGUAAAGUUAUUAAGCAACAAAAGAUCACAAGCCGUUGGAAUAUUAAUGUCAAGCCUUCAUUUAGAUAUGAAAGACAUACAGCAUGCUGUUGUGAACUUGGAUAACUCUGUGGUAGACCUGGAGACCCUUCAAGCCCUGUAUGAAAAUAGAGCACAGACAGACGAAUUGGAAAAAAUUGAAAAGCAUGGCAGAUCAUGCAAAGAAAAAGAAAAUGCCAAGUCUUUGGACAAACCUGAACAGUUCCUUUAUGAACUAUCACUAAUACCCAACUUUUCAGAGCGAGUCUUUUGCAUCCUGUUCCAGUCAACAUUUUCAGAAAGCAUUUGCUCGAUUCGUCGCAAACUUGAACUACUCCAGAAGUUGUGUGAGACAUUGAAAAAUGGGUCAGGGGUUAUGCAGGUUCUAGGUCUGGUUCUUGCCUUUGGUAAUUACAUGAAUGGUGGGAACAAGACUCGGGGACAGGCAGAUGGUUUUGGAUUAGACAUUCUUCCAAAGCUGAAAGAUGUCAAAAGCAGUGACAAUAGCCGGAGUCUUUUGUCAUAUAUAGUUUCAUAUUAUCUUCGAAAUUUCGAUCAGGAUGCUGGAAAAGAACAAUGUGUUUUUCCACUGCCAGAACCCCAGGACCUCUUUCAGGCCUCCCAGAUGAAGUUUGAAGACUUUCAGAAAGACCUUCGAAAGCUGAAGAAAGAUUUGCGAGCCUGUGAAACUGAAGCAGGAAAAGUUUAUCAGAUGUCCCUAGAGGAGCACAUUCAACCUUUCAAAGAAAGUAUGGAGCAAUUCAUUUUACAAGCGAAAAUUGACCAAGAAGCUGAGGAGCAUUCAUUGACAGCGGCUCAUAAAUGCUUUUUAGAAACUACAGCCUAUUUCUUCAUGAAACCAAAAAUGGGAGAGAAGGAAGUGUCCCCAAAUGUUUUCUUCAGUCUCUGGCAUGAAUUCAGCUCUGACUUUAAAGAUUUCUGGAAAAAAGAGAACAAACUUAUUCUCCAAGAAAGAGUAAAAGAAGCUGAGGAAGUGUGUAGGCAGAAAAAAGAAAAAUCUCUGUAUAAAAUAAAGCCGAAACAUGACUCUGGAAUUAAAGCAAAGAUAAGCAUGAAAAUCUGAUCACCAAAAGUCAGAUGGAUAUAUCAUUGCCACUAGAUCAACAAAGUUCAAUAUAUUUAGGGGGGAAAGGAAACUACAUCAUUUGGAUAAUUGUUUUUUUCAUCUUUACCCAAGUCUAGUUUCUGUUUUCUUGACUGAUUCACUGAUCAAUUCCACUGUACUGUGCACAAAUUAAAUAUAAAAAUAAAAUAAUUAAAUUUAUUGACCCAGAAAAUAAACUACUUUUUACAUUAAAAAAACUUGUUACAUGCCAUAUGUCCUCAUUUUGCGGCAAUCAUUUGUUUAAUUUUAUUUGAGCUGAAUUCCUAAAAUUUUGACAAGUAUUAUCUAAUUCUUUAUUAUAAAGCAACCAUUUUGUCACAUUGAUUUUUAAGUGUAUAUUUGACUAACAGUCAGGUUUUUUUUUUCUUGAUCAUUGCCUAAAAGUUUUAAAUAGAUUUAGCUCAGACAAUUUUCCAGGAUAGUGACAUUUUUUUGGAUACAUUUCCUAUCCUUUCAUGAUAUGUUAUCAUUCAAAGCAAUGGUUAAAUAUUCCAUCUCCAUUUAGUAAUUCCUAUAAUUCUAGAACAAUCCUGUUUCUUAGUAUAUCAAGAUAUUUGUCGGAAUUCAUCAUUCCAUUAAUAGGCACAGACUUCUAGGUUCUCUGGAAGAUUAAAAAAAAGUCUCCAAAAUAUUCUUCACAGGCAGAUGUUUUACAGUCUGAUAAAGAUUUCCAGAUCUUACAAACUCACAUGGACUUAUUUUAGAACUGUUUUUGGAAUUUUGAAAGGGAAAAAACAAACAAACAUAGUUUUGUCAACAAAAAAUAACUUUUCCCAAUCUUUGGUACUAUAGUCUUUGCAUUUUCUUACCCAUUAUAAGCAUUAUUUAUUCAUAACAAUGGUUAGCAUCUGAUUUUUAACUUGUUUUUUCAUUGUUCUUCCAAUUUUAAGAAGCCUGUACACAUUAUAGAGGAAUCAAUAGCAAAUGCUCCAACUGGCAACCCCUCUCCCCCAAGGUCUUUGCUCAUGUUUGAGGAUUAAUUAGGUUGUUAUACAGCAGCAGUUUAUCAGUUUGGGGUGUCUGGGUGUUUUUUUUUUUAACCACAUUUCACUUUGCACAUUGGUGUAACUGAUAUUUAAUUUGGGGCUUGAAUUAUCCUUGAUUUUCCCAUGUCAAAAGCUACUAUUGUAUCCCUAACAGUAAUUAAAGCGUGCACUUUAAAAGUUACAACUUUUGCACAUUUUCUCAAAGUAAUAUCCAUUCUUAAAAAACCACUGGAUUUUUAAAAAAAAGUAAGAGAGAGCAAUAAAACAUGAAUGGCAUGAAAUCUAGCACUUAAAUGACAGAAAUCUGACUAAAUACAAGGAAAUCAGCUCAAUCCAUUUUCAUCUGGCUAAAGACUAAUGGUCUAAGUCAGCUUGAUGUCAUUAUUUGCACAUAACACAACAGCUAUUAACUGUUCCAAAAUGAAACUAGAUCAAAAUUAUUAUUUUCCCAAAGUAAUUCACAUACCACACCACAAUACAUUCAAAAUCAACAGCAAAAGUGACCCACCCAGAAGUAGACUAGCAGGAAUACUUUUCAUUUUAUUGUAUCACAUAUUUUAUUUUAUUUUAUUUUAUUUUAUUUUAUUUUAUGUUUAAGCCUAUGGAAUAGUACCAAAAGAACAUAAAAGAACACACAUGGAGCAGCAUCUACAAAGAUUCUGAAACUAGUAAAACUUAAACUUGGGUUUAAACCUCAGAUAUCUGUGAUAUGAGUUAAUGUUUCCAUUUCCAGUAGCAACUAGACUCUACCACACUGCACUUAGAUUUAGAAAGGAAAAUGUUAUUCCUAGUAAAUUAUUUGCAUCAAUAACAUGUCCAUGUAUUUUGUAUUUUAAAUAUUUAAGUGCUGUCUACCCAGUAUAAUCAAUGCUUUCCCAACUCUUUGGUUGCUCUCCAUACCCAAAUAAUUGUGAAGAAGAUGAUUAUGGGUAUUUUUUUUCCACUUGCUACAUUAUUCCAGAUACUGAAAAAGAAACUGUUCUUAGCAAUUAACAGGAAAACAAAGGAAUUCUCAUUUUAAUGAAGAUAUUUUUAAUCUAGUUUUAUAUUUUCCAUCCUAAAUGAAACUAAUGAUUUUCUUAGGUACAGUCAUUUAGAAGCAGUAACCUAUCCUCCUCAUUACUACUUCACAUACCCUCUCAAAGGACCAUUUAUCAGUAUUUGGAAGGAAUUAAAACGCUUGAUGCCCACAGACUUUUAGCUUGUGGCAAGAACUGGAAUAAAAUCAGCCCCUGAUUGAAUUGCAACCUACUUCCAUUUUCUUAUUUGUGACCUGCCAGGAUAUUUGGGCAAUACUAAGAGGAAUCAUAAAUGUCCUUGGCUCUCUCUGAAUUAAUAAUAUGCCAGGAUAAUUUAAAAGAUGCAAAAUGAGAAUGUGGUUAUAUUUGCUAUCUAAUAGAUUAUUUUAAAAAACUUUUCUUGUUUGCUUUUGUUUCUUUUCUUCUAGCUGAGAAGGAAAAAUUAAUAGGCUUCAAAAUGUGUUAUGGUGGCAGUAGGCCUACCCAAGGGUGAUUCCUUAUGGAAAAAAAAAAAGCAGUAUGUAAUCAUAUUAGUGUUUUUUGGUAAAGGGGUAUCAGUUUUGCUAUUUUGAACCAGCUAUGGAAAGCAAUUAAAAACAAUAGGCUACUUCAAUGGCACUGAUUCAUAAUCAUGUUUGUAUUUAUGUAAAGUAUAGACUGAUGUUCCUAUAUUUGAGAUUUAUUUUAAGUGUAAAGAUAGUUUGUUUAUUUUAUAGCCUUCCUGUUUCCCUCAGCUAUUUGUAUAUUACCAUACUACAGUAAAGUAAAUAAUAGGACAUUUAACAAGAUCACUAUGUGCAAUACUGUAUUUAGUGUUUCUAUUUCAAUUUU